AUGUGCGCGAAGGUUUUGCGCGUCUUUCCCCGCGCCCGGGAACGGGUUUGGCGCGCCCGCGUCGUCCGCGCGACUGAGCCGUCGGGUCGCCGCCCCCGCGUUCCCCCCUUCCUGAAGACCGCGGCUGCGCCGCCCGCAGCCCCAUCCGCGCCUUCCGCAGCCGAACCUGCGCCAGUUACAACUGGAUCUGUGCCGCCCGCAGUGUCCUCGUCCCGAUCUUGUUGCGCCGCAAUCCCUCCCCGCGCGGCCCACCUCCCCCACGCCCACGCUCCCCCUUCCCUGGCCCGCCGAGCCCCUCACUUCGCCCCCUUGCCCGAGCGCAAGGCUCCGCCCGCCCUCUCCCCCGCUCGCCCGCACGAACACCACCCUGCCGACAUCCCUGCCGGCCGCCCUGCCGUCCGGCCGCGGCGCCUGCCGGCCGUCCACGCGCUGGCGGACGGCGCGCUGGCGCUGCUGGUGCCGCUGGCGGGGUCCGGGCCGCAGGUGCUGCAGAUGCUGGGCGGCCCGGCGGCGUGGGUGAGGCGGUUCGUGGUGUCGAUGGGUCUGGCCGUGGCGCUGUACAGUGUGAGCGUGAUCGCCGCCGCGACUGCCGCGUUCUACUGGGCGUGGUGGCCGAUCUGGCGCGCUGUGGCGAAGAAUCUAGCGAUGCGCGUUCGGUUGUGGAAGGCGCGGCUGCUGGACUUGCAGGUGGUGCGUGUGGGGAGGCAGACCAGGUGGCGCGUGCUGAUUGGCGACCACAGCCGCACUACCCUGGAGAUGGAAGUGGUGCCGCCUCACAAGAGUGUGCGCCUGAGCCGCGGCGACCCAGUGGAGCUUCUUGUCCUAUCUGACUGCCCCUCGCUCUCACGAUUCCGUGCCGCCCGGAGAUCUUCUUCCCGCAGCGGUCCCUCUGGCGUGGGGGACAAGCAGGCGUGUGUGGAGCGGUCAGUGUUUGAGGAGAUGCGGAGGAAGGUGGCUUUAAGAGCCGCUGUGGAGGAUGGGGAGGACAGCGAGGGGGAGGACUGGGACGGGCUGUACUCGUUAUUGACUGAUGAAAACGAGCAGUUGCUGCAGAAUUAUAGCUAUAACGAGGCGUCUAGUAUGCAGGCGGAGAUGGAUGGUGGCGGGGGGAAGGGUGUUGGGGGGAGCCUGGGGGGAGGGUUACCUGGGGUGGGUGGUUUUGACGGGGUGGCUGGGGGUAUGUCUGGGGGAGGCGCGUCUCUGGGCGGAAUCACUUCUUUCCCUGAAAAUUUGGGGGUAAAGGAGGAGCAGGAGUUAAUGUCCCAUCAGGGGUUGCUGGAUUACUCUGCGAUGGAGGGAGCAGGUUCGGGAGGAUUCCGAGACCCGGCGCUGGUUAGUAGCUUCGGCGGCGGAGGCUCGGUAGGGGCGGUGGCGGAUGGGCUGGCAGCUUCGUCGUCGUGCCUGAUGGAUGGUGGAGGUUCGGGGCCGCUGUCUGUGCUUCUGAGUGACAGCCAGGAUUCGGAGCUGCUGGAAAGGUUAAGGGAGGUGUGA